AUGUUGGUAUCUACGGAUGCGGCAGACCUCACGCGGACUGCCCUUAAAGGAGUUUUCAUUAUCAUCGUGAUCAGCAUAGUGAGGUUCUGCAUUCGCCUCUACCAAGUCAGAAAAUUAAUUCGAGAUAUUCCUAAGAAAUAUGGCAUCCCCAUCCUUCCUCAUUCAUUACUUUUUGGACAUCUUCCAAUUGUUAUCAAACUCAUGAGCUUGUACCCAAGCGACAUAUACGGUCAUUAUCUUCCUAUGCUCCUGAGGAAAGAGUACCCCGAUAUUUGUGACUCGCGAGGGUUAGUGUACAUUGAUACCUGGCCCAUCGGAAAUCCACUACUCGCAGUUUUCCACCCAGGGAUCAUGAGCCAAUUCACACAGGAGCAAUCACAGCCAAAGCACGAGUUUCUACGUCAACAAUUCCAGCCCUUUACACAAGGUCAGGACUUGCUCGUUGCUGAAGGAGAGCAGUGGAGGAAGUGGAGGCGUAUUUUCAACCCCGGCUUCUCAGCCCAAAAUAUAGUUUCGUGUGUGCCGGCGAUAUUAGAGGAGAUUAACGUUUUUCGAGAUUGGCUGAAAGACGCUGCAAGGACGGGAGAGACGGUGACCUUAGAACAACAGGCUGAGAAGUUGACGGUUGAUGUAAUCAGUCGUAUUGUCCUAGGCUCACGACUUCAUUCGCAAACUAAAAUGAACUCAUUCUAUAGCGCCAUGAGGAACCAAGCCAGCUGGCUUGGCUACGAUAAUCAACCACUAGCAUUUUUGACAACGAUGUUAAAUCCAGUUCGACCAAUUGCACUGUGGAAAAACAAUCUGACCAUGAAAUCUUUCUUGCUACCACAUAUUGAGAAAAUCUUGAGGCAAGAAGGAAAAGAAAACGAUUAUAAAACCAUUCUUAGUAUUGCUAUCCAAUCAUCCACUAACCAGGAUGAACCUGCUUUGCGAAAUAACAAUUUUAUCAAUGCCAUUGUGGCACAUCUAAAGAUCUUCAUGUUUGCCGGGCAUGAAACAACGGCUGGGAUUCUCUGCUAUCUCUAUCACAUACUUUGCAGCAAUCCAACCAUCCUGGAUACCAUGCGUCGCGAGCAUGAUUCAGUCUUCGGCUUAGACCUGGCAAUGACUCCAGCCAAGAUCAAACUCAACCCGAUUCUCCUGAACCAACUUCCCUACACUUCUGCGGUAAUUAAAGAGACGCUGCGGUUAUUUACACCAGCAGGGACCGUGCGGGCUGGCAGUCCAAAUUUCUUUUUAAGACACCCCGAAACAGGCGAACGAUACCCGACGAAUGGGAUGAUGAUAUUUGGCUGCUCUGCAGCCGUGCACCGUCACGAAGCAUAUUGGCCUGAUCCUGAGAAAUGUAUUCCUGAGCGCUGGCUUGUCCCAGAAGGCGACCCCCAUCACCCCCAAAAGAACGCUUACCGGCCAUUUGAAUCAGGACCUCGCAACUGCAUUGGCCAGGAGAUUUCUCAGUUGGAACUGCGGGCAAUUAUGGCUAUGACAGUCCGAGAAUUUGAUAUUGAAAGCCAAUUUCCGGCUGAUGGACCCCGUCUUUUUGGUGAGGUGGCAUAUCAAACAUAUAAAGUUGGGAAAAUUGUAGCGCAACCUCGGAAUGAUAUGCCUGUGAGAGUAAUGCUUCGUACCAGUUGA